AUAAUCGUUUAGAAGUCAGAACAAAACCACAAUCAAUCAACCGCACAUGAUCCACAUGAACCAUCAAACAAGACAACCAAACCGAGCGAAAAUCAACUAUGGUUUUCGCCCGCCACCCAACUUGUCAAAUGCACAAGUGACAACACGAAAAAUGUUUGUUUAUUCACACCGCUUGUUGACGAUUUCCAAUUUUUGUACAGAAUUUUCCCGGAAAAUUCACACUUUAGUGCAUCAAAAUGAAUUGCAUUAUCACCGGGAGGAACAUGAAAAUUCUCGCCCGAACGGUGAAUUUCUUUUCCAAAAUCGGCACCGAACUGUAUCUGGAAGCACUUCCAACGGGAUUGUCCCUCAAGGCGAUCAAUUCCAUCAAUACGGCCUAUGUGAUGUCCAAUUUUAGUCUGAAAUAUUUCAUCAGCUUCCGGCAGGGAGCGAAUGAUCGCUUCGAGGAAAAUAACUGCAAGAUCUCAAUCAAACCAAUGCUGAAGAUAUUCAAACGGCUGGCAACGAUUCAGAUCUGCAAGAUUUGGCUGCAGGUCGACCGGAAGAAGAUCAUUUUCCAGUUCCAGUGCAAAUCGGACAUUCUGAAAACGCACAUUAUUCCGUUGUUGGAACACGAACAUAUAAACUCAUUACGACUGCCGGAAAGCUUCGCCAAUAAAGUGGUGGGCGAUCAUAAAGUGUUUAAUAAAAUAUUGAUGCAUUUCCAUAGGAGCGUUAAGGAAGUUACCUUCGAUGUGAAAGGUGACGAAACGAUAGUGUCCAAUUAUAUCGAGAACACCAGUAGGGAUCGAACAACGAUGAGAUCUUCGCUCUCGAUUGGAUGUACGGCCUUCAAAUUGUACGAUUUAGAAUCACCUUCCAAUAUAACGUUCUGCUACAAGGAGUUCAAAGCCAUGGCCCAUUACGCGGAACAGAAUCACAUGACGGUGGAAAUGAACUUUGACCAGGCGGGGGGACCUCUGAUGAUUCGAAUGAAGAAGGACGACGUCUUGCAGAUUCGUUUCAUAAUGGGUACAAUGAGACCACGGCUGGAGAAGCAAAACCGAAGCGUCCAACGAGCAAACCGGAAGUUGACGGAUCAGCUCGGACAGAACAAAACCACUCCCGCAAGGGCCGCCGAUAGCGAACGUAUCGAUACCUGUCGAACGUCCAUCAGUCAGGCCAGUGAUCGAACGGAAAUGUCCGGAUCCGAAUCGCGAAACAGUUGUCUACGAGGGGACGACACUCGCCAGGGCACAGAACUAGCACUUGUUCAACAUCAGCAAACUCCACAGCCAAGACGAAGCGAACUACCAUCCAAGAUGCCUUCUAACAAAACCAAUCGAGAAACGUUUCUGGACGGUUUGCAGUCUCUAUCGACGUCUCCUCCAGCUGAUAAACUCAAUUUCCCUCCGGCUGUCCCAUUACCGAACAAUCCACCCCUUCGUACGGAAGACGAUCCGGAAUCGUACGACAUUGUCUUCGCCGGCAAUUCGAAUGACCCGAAUUCCGAGAGCCAACGUCAACCAAUAACUCCAGCCUCCAGUAAACGGAAACCCCAUUCCCAGAGCGAGCAGCACAACUCCAAGAGACCGCACCUAACGCAGCUUCGCUCGGAGGCACUGUUCACCGGUGCGGGAGCGGUUCAGUCAUCCCGACUGGCGGUGAAUAUUCCGGAAAGUGUUCCCGAGUCACCGGAUGCGAUUGCCGAACGCAAGCGGAAAGAAGAGCGGAUGCGACAUGUGUUCCGCAAGUGCUUCGAGGAUACGUUCGAUCCGCGCAAGGUCAGCACCAGUGCGGCCGUGUUCGCCGAAAACUCCGACCCGGAGGAUAACUGAUGGGUUCGCUCAGUUGCGGAUGCUGAAUAGUCUAUGAAGAUAGCUGUAACUGAAUUUCUUAGGUGAUUAGGAAUAAAUCGUACAUUGGUUUUGCUUAGAAAUAUAAA